GAGACCUCAGCAAGGCACGAGAGGGAAGGAACAUCCCCUCAGCACGAGCCCUCGCAUCACAGCAAACUCCAGGAUCUACAACACAGCACCCACAGGACCUGCCCAGCUGCUCAUGCGGUGGAAAGGAGCCGUGGGAGGGAAAGAAAGUGAUCCCAGGAGCAUCCAAGAUCCAACUAAGACCCAAGCAAGGACAUCCCAUGAGUGCUGUGAGGACUUCUGCCCCCAGCUUUGCCAUUUGGUCCCUGAUGGCGAGAAUCCCAGCUCCCACCACUUUAGCUGUUUUCCUGAUUUGCUUCUUCUCCGGGGCACGCAGCCAGACCCCGAGGGCUUUCCAGGAGAGCACCAUCCCUUUUGAGGUGCUCAGCCAGGAGCAGGCUUACAGUCUGGUCCAGCCAAGCCUGUUCCAGGAUGCCAAGGUGUUGAACCACUCAGAAAGCCUCCCCAGGAGCACCAGCUCAGAGCCACCCCUGCUGCCCGUGUGCGUGAAGCCUGCAGAUAUCAGACACGUCUUCAAGUACAUCAAUACCAUCGUGUCCUGCACCAUAUUCAUAGUAGGGAUCAUUGGGAACUCCACACUCCUGAGGAUCAUUUACAAGAACAAGUGCAUGAGGAAUGGGCCAAAUGUCCUCAUUGCCAGCUUGGCACUUGGAGACCUUCUCUAUAUCCUCAUUGCUCUGCCCAUCAAUGUUUAUAAGCUCUUGGCAAAGGACUGGCCCUUUGGUGUGCAGGUGUGCAAGCUGGUCCCCUUCAUCCAGAAGGCCUCGGUGGGCAUCACAGUCCUCAGCCUUUGUGCUCUCAGCAUCGACAGGUACCGAGCAGUGGCAUCCUGGAGUCGGAUCCAGGGGAUAGGUAUCCCCAUGUGGAAGGCGGUGGAGGUGUUGCUGAUCUGGGUAGUGGCCAUUGUGCUUGCAGUCCCUGAAGCUAUAGCCUUUGACAUGGUGGAGCUCAGCUACUGGGAACGACACCUGUGGGUGUGCAUGCUUGCCUCCGAACAGAAAUCCAGUUUCAUGAUGUUCUACCGCGAUGUGAAGGACUGGUGGCUUUUCGGCUUCUAUUUCUGCCUUCCCUUGGUGUGCACUGGCAUCUUCUACACCCUCAUGUCAUGUGAGAUGUUGAGCAAGAGAAACGGCAUGCGAAUUGCUCUGAAUGACCACAUGAAACGGCGCCGGGAGGUGGCCAAGACUGUGUUCUGCCUCGUGGUGAUCUUUGCACUCUGCUGGCUGCCACUCCACCUCAGCCGCAUCCUCAAAAAGACCAUCUAUGACCAGACGGACCCCAACCGAUGUGAACUGCUCAGUUUCCUCCUAGUGAUGGAUUACUUCGGAAUCAACAUGGCCUCCCUCAACUCCUGCAUCAACCCUGUGGCUCUCUACUUCGUCAGUCGGAAGUUCAAGAACUGCUUCCAGUCCUGCCUUUGCUGCUGGUGCCAGAGACCAGCUCUGAGCAUCACCCCGACAGACGAGAAGGGCUCCAUUGGGAAGUGGAAAGCCAACGGGCAGGAGCUUGGGCUGGACCGGAGCAGCUCCCGCUUGAGUAACAAGUACAGCUCUUCCUAAAGCCAAGCCACCCACAGGGCCACGAGGAGAAGGCACUGGGCCAACAUGGAAGGACCCCAACAUUUCUAUCACAUGGCCGUUUUUCUGGUUGGAUUUGAAUCAUUUUUUGCUUCAUGCCAUAACCCACCUGGAAGGAGCUGCAGCUUUGCACAGCCCCCGGGACUGAACACAGCCUCUGCUCCAUCACAUGUUACCUCUGGAGGAGGGGGAAGAAGAUUCAGAUCCUUGUAGGAUUUUUCAUUUCCCUGCAGCAAAACCAAGUGACUUAUGGUCAUUUGUCUUGGGUGGGAAUGUGGGAUGGGGAGACAUGCGUGGAAAGGGAAGGAAGGCUGAGAUGUGGUCACUUUGAGAUAGAUACAGGAUGAGGUGGCGGAGAGGACCACGAGGAACCAUUUCCAGCUGAAAAAGACAAAGAAAAGCUUUGAUAACAUCCCUUACCAUCUCCAUCUGUCUGUCCCUGGGCAGGACGCCAGGAUAAGACCCAGGCACCGUGAUGUCUGGUAGACCAUCAAUGAAAUCUCCUCCUGUUCAUGGUAGAGAGGGAAGGGCAAUAACUCAGCUUCACCGCGUGUGUGACCAACCUCACCUGGGGAACCCUAAAAGCCCUCCCCUCUUCACCUUUUCCCAGGAAAUCUGCUCCAGGCUCCCCCCUCAGGGAUAACAUUUGCCCCACAAGACAGUGAUGCCAUGUGACUGCACAGCGUUGGGAGCAGGUAUCCUUGGCAGCAUCCAGCCAAACUAUCAGCUCCAGCUUCCCCAUCCCCAGGGACGAGUGAGCUCCUGGCUAACUGGACAUUGUUGCUGGCCCGAGGCUGUCUUUCUAGGGAAGAGUUGUAAGUCAGGGAAGACAGAGGAGCUCACCUUUCCAAUCCCCUGUGAAACCAGGAAGCAGCAAAUUCUCUGCCUGACAUUGGAUGCAAGGAAGAUGAUCCAGGAGAUGUGCCUUUCCAGAAGAGAAUCCAGCCUUGAUCCUUGGUCUUUGGCAGCUGGAAACAGCACAGUCUGCUUCAGCCACUGGCUUCCAGGAGGGGGAUCACCUGCAAGACCACAGCCUGAAGGGAAAGAAGGGCUGCCCCACAUUUUGAUGCCAACAAGGCUGAGCUCCAAUGGGGCCGUGGGGCUGGAACCCAGCAGGUCUUGGCCUUAGCACCAUGACAGCAAGGACCACGCCAUUUGUAAGGAGGGCAGAGAUGUGCAUCCUCAUGACCAAACCAAGGUGGAACAGGCAACAGGGAAGGUCUGAUCUCAGCCGAAAGAGCUGAUGGAGCUAACUGCAAAAUGGCAAAGAGCUUUCAUAAAUUUACUAUUGAAAAUAAUUCAUCUCUGAGUGUUUUUCCAGCAUGUUUUCCUAAAAAAUCAUGCUUGCUAAACUUUAAGGAAACCUAUAGGAGAAAGCUUUAGUUACCAAGUUUUUUGAUGGUUUUUCUGUUGGUUUUUUGCUCUCUCUUUCUUCUUUUCACUUCACCAAGGAAAAAAAAUGGAGAGAGGAAAAAGGGAGAAUAGAAAAGACCUGCAAAUAAAGCAAAACGUUUUCCAGGUGUUGGAGUUUUUAGCUUGGCUUUUGCUAAAGCACCAAUAUUUUACAAAGAAAUAACAUUUCUGAAAGACAAAGGGGUUUCAAUGACAACAGCAGGACUGAGGAAAGAGGGGGGAUUGAGAUGAGACCUUGGAAAGAAGAAAUGUUUUGCUGUGAGGAUGGGGAGGCCCUGGCCCAGGUUGCCCAGAGCAGUGGUGGCUGCCCCAUGCCUGGAGGUGUUCCAAGGCCAGGUUGGAUGGGGCUUGGAGCCCCUGAUCCAGUGGGAGUUGUUCCUGCCCAUGGCAAGGGGUGGAAUGGAUGGGCUUUGAGGUCCCUUUUGACCGAAACCUUUCUCUGGUUCUGUGAUUCUAUGCUUGCUCCUAUGUGGUGGGGUGAUACCAGGCAAAGGCCCUGUUCCCUACGCACCGCUGGUUCACCCCAAGCCCUGUAUGAAAGUGUGCUUGAACAACCCACGGGUUUCCAGCAUGAAGAAACCAGGCCAGACAGGAUUUGCCGAAGCCAAAGCACCCACCCACUACAGAUAUGGGACCAUGUUGGCAUGGGCAGGAUGAAUCCAGUGCAGCAAACUACACAAGGAAGCCUUCUGAAAUGUAGGGUUCAGCCGCUCCUUGGCCCAACACCUGUGAACCCAGCCCCCUCACCAGCCUGUCAGAGACCAAGUCUGUCAAUUUGUACUUGGAAGAGUAAUUUUAUAGAGAAAACCUAACAUUUUAUAUCAUCCCUCUCACUCCUCUGUAUGU